GUCACUUUCAUCUAGAGCUCUGUAAACCUCACAAAAAUAAUACAAGCAAUCCUCUUAUAUAUAUCACCAUUCACUCACCUCAUUUCUCACUCAAGCACGCAACGUGAAGCAGAGAAGAAGAUAAAAAUCGUGUCUUUAUCCAUCAAGAAUUUCCCAUUUUUUUCUGAUUUUUCUGUAAUUUUUCCAAUCACCCAGCAGAGUCAGGAUCCGCAGGAGAAAAAGAUUUACCAGAGGAUUAUGGAUGGGGGGGAAAAUAGUGCCAAUGGUGCCAACAAAGCCACUCAUUUUCCCUCUUGUUGCUUGAAAGCUAUGGCAUCUGAUCCUGAGGCUGAUGCCACGUGUCAUUCCACAGUUGUUUCUGGAUGGUUCUCGGAGCUCGAGUCAUCUUCCAGUCCAACAUACUGUAGUUUUCGUAUUCAUUUGAAUGCUCUGAAUAACUCCAGGAAUUGUUUGAUAUUCAUUACAGAUGAAGCUGGUAAGCUAGUGUAUUUCAACAAUCCUAUGUGGCCAGGAGAAGCUCAUUCCUUGAAAGUGGAAAAAGUUUUGUUCAAAGAAAAGUCAAAGUAUCAGGAGGUUAUGGUUUUUCAGUCUACUGCAUAUGGGAAAGUGCUUGUGCUAGACGGCAUUGUUCAGUUGACUGAGAAAGAUGAGUGUGCAUAUCAAGAAAUGAUAACUCACCUUCCCCUUUGUUCGAUCGAGUCCCCACGAAAUGUAUUACCCUUAAAUCUCUUUACUGAGUUUAUAUUCUUGUUUUUCUUGACUAUUUCCAUUUCUGUUGGCUACCAUUGGCUGUGUGCAGGUCCAGCACAAGAGCUGGUAGAAAGACCAUUCUUUGAGACCAUAGCUAGAGCAUUAAGGCCCGGUGGAGUUCUUUGUAAUAUGGCAGAAAGUAUGUGGCUUCAUACCCAUAUGAUUCAGGAUAUGGUUUCAAUAUGCCGAAAGAUAUUUAAGGGUUCUGUACGUUACGCAUGGACCAGUGUUCCCACAUAUCCUAGUGGGGUUAUUGGAUUUCUGUUGUGCUCGACUGAGGGACCUCACGUUGAUUUUGUGCACCCUAUCAACCCUAUAGAGAAGAUAGAGGACAAUGCUCCUGCUUGUAGAAGAAGGCAACUUAUGUUUUACAAUUCUGUGAUGCAUAGUGCUGCCUUUUCGUUGCCCUCAUUUGUGAAGAGGGAAGUGGAAGCUCUUCGUGAUUGCUCAACCGAAACCAAAAAAGUCCACGUACAAUGA